AUGUUUCGAAAAUACACUGGACUGCAGAAUAUUCGCUAUGGCACACAAGAAUCUGGUGACAUUUCUAUUGAAGGUGUGAUGGCGUAUCCCAAAUUCUUCAUGCCCGAGGAAGGGCCAUUAGACCUUUACAUGAUCCUCAGCAUUGAUUCGGGGACACUACGUCAUCCUCAGGUCGCAUACGACUUGACAGCAUGGGAGUUGGCUUUUCGAUGUGACAUGGCACACGCGAAUGUCAAUGCUGAUCCUUCACCCGAGUCACUGUUUCAGUGUUUGAACUCGACUCUCGUGCCAGAGAUCGAGGAGAAAUACAGCAUUAUCAAUGGUGAACCGCUCUCGGUGUGGAAGGCUAAAUCAUGGAAUCAAUAUGAGCCAGUCAGAGCUUCGUUUAAGACAUGGAUGGACGACAACUUGACCAGUGGUCUCACCCAGUGGGGCCUUAAAUUCGGGCCUGGUGCAAAACCAGCAGCCAAGCGAACUCCUCUGGUGGUGGUAAACCUCACGAAGAUGAUCAAGCCGAACAUGCCUGGUUUUCAGUGGACUGGUCGUGAUCCUCGAGCACUUUGCUACCUCGACCAAAACGAUGAAAAUGAUAGAACAUUGAGCUGGCUCGGCCCUGCGCCAGCUGCAAAAAUGGGUAUAACUUUGUUCAGCGAUUCUGAUAAAACGGUUAACGAAGUUGACGAAGAAGCAUUGAAGGUGGCGAUUCGCCUUGGUCUAGACGAAGAUGAAGCUUUGGAUACUGUGGAGAGAGUCGGAGGCAUCGGAGCGGUGUUCAGCCGUGGUGCCAUCAAUUCCGAGAGUCGCGCCCGACUCCAUUCGUGGAAGCUGUGGGAAUCCGGCGUCGAGGGCGAUAAUAUCUACCGGUAUAAAAUCGAAGCAGCCAAUUUUCCAAGCAGCCAACGGGAUCCAGUCCCACCGAUCCGGAAUACAGUGGACAAGGGCACAUUGGGCUGGGAAGCCAGAUCCGAAGGCAAUAACCCCAAGCAGGGCGGCGAGAUGACUCUCGUAUUCACAGGUAAAAAUAAGACGAACGCAAAACAGGACUUUGUCUACUGGAAAUUCCUUCUGGUUGGUGGUGACAAGGGCGCGAGAUUGGCUUCAACGAGCAAUAGCAGUCCGCUUCGCGUGACAGCCAACGCAGGUAAACAGGCUGUGAAAGCAACCAUCAGUUCCACAUCUUCAAGAGGUGUGACACAGGUUGCCAUCUUGCUCAACUUGGAGGGAGCGAGCAACACUAACCGAUUGAGAAUGUCUCCAGGUGAGGUAGUUGAAAUUCGCUUGAGCGGCUUAGCUGGAACCAAAGGCACCCAUGAUCUAUCACUAACCGAGUCGUUGGCGGACUACAAGGGCAAUCCGUCUGGGAUCAAGCUGUCACAAUGGGCUGUCGAUGUCGUGUCAUAG